AUGUUUGACGAAGGAGAGGAAACCGACAACGGCGAGAGAGCCCAUCUCCCUGACUCUCCCUCCCCGUCUCUGUCUGUCUGUCUUCCCCGAGGAUCUCCUUCCUCACCGCGGCCCCUGGACCUCUUCUCCUCCGCCUCUCCGCUGCUGGGGGACACAGAUCCAGCCUACCUCGCCACUCCGGAAUGUCUUCACCCGUCUCCAGAGAAGCGGGGACCUGGGGACUCCCCACACGUCACACCGCCAAAGUUCUGCCAGAGCACCGGGGACACCGGCUCUCCGUUUGGUUCUCGGCAGGACGUGCGGAUAGACGAUCUAUACGACCGCUAUGACCCGUAUCCCAAGUGGAGAGGACGAGGCGCGGCGAACGCUGAGCGUCUUCAGCACCGUGGACAGAGACGAGACGCGGCUCCGGAGCCCUCGGACCACUCUGAUGAGCACAUCCACACCGGGUUCAACUCCGACACCAGGCAAACGGUGGAAGCCAUGCCUCGCCGGCACACCACGUUAAGAGAAAAGGGCCGUCGCCAGGCAGUGCGGGGCCCAGCCUACAUGUUCAAUGAACGCGGCUCGGCCCUCACUGCAGAGGAGGAGCGUUUUCUGGAUGCUGCUGAAUACGGAAACAUUCCUGUGGUCCGCAAAAUGUUGGAAGAGUCAAAAACCCUUAACUUCAAUUCUGUGGACUACAUGGGCCAGAAUGCUUUACAGCUGGCAGUGGGCAAUGAGCACCUAGAAGUGACCGAGCUGCUUCUGAAGAAGAAUGGUUUGGCUAGGAUCGGGGAUGGCCUGCUUUUGGCUAUCUCCAAGGGUUAUGUUCGAAUCGUUGAAGCCAUUCUUGCCAACCCUGCUUUUGGCGGUGGUCUCCGACUUGCUUUUAGCCCUCUGGAGCAGGAGCUGUGUGAUGACGACUUUUACGCUUACGACGAGGAUGGAACGCGUUUUUCGCAUGACGUCACGCCCGUCAUCCUGGCUGCUCACUGCCAGGAGUACGAGAUCGUCCACAUUCUCUUGACGAAGGGGGCCCGCAUAGAAAGACCACAUGACUACUUCUGUAAGUGUUCAGAAUGUGAGGAGAAACAGAAGCAAGACUCGUUCAGUCACUCCCGCUCCAGGAUGAAUGCAUAUAAGGGCCUAGCCAGUGCAGCUUACCUGUCACUCAGCAGUGAAGACCCUGUGCUGACCGCCCUCGAGCUCAGCAAUGAACUGGCAAGACUGGCCAACAUCGAGACAGAGUUUAAGAAUGACUACCGUAAGUUGUCCAUGCAGUGUAAGGACUUUGUGGUGGGUGUGUUGGACCUUUGUCGGAACACAGAGGAAGUGGAGGCCAUACUGAACGGUGACGUGGACCUGUGCCCUCCAAGCCCGUACAACCGACCAUGCCUCAGCCGUGUCAUACUGGCCAUCAAGUAUGAAGUCAAAAAGUUUGUGGCCCAUCCCAACUGUCAGCAGCAGCUGCUGACUAUCUGGUACGAGAACCUGCCCGGUCUGAGGCAGCAGUCCGCCUGGGUGAAGUGCUGGACGGUGCUGGGAGUCGCCGCAGGCCUGCCCUUCCUGGCUGUUGCCUACUGGAUAAUGCCAUGUAGCAAGCUUGGUCAGAUCCUGCGAAGCCCCUUUAUGAAGUUCGUGGCUCAUGCCGUCUCCUUCACCAUCUUCUUGGGUCUGCUGGUUGUUAACGCCUCCGACCGCUUUGAGGGUGUCAAGAACUUGCCCAAUGAGACCAUCACAGACCACCCACGACAGGUGUUCAGGGUCAAGACCACGCAGUUCUCCUGGACAGAGAUGUUGAUCAUGAAGUGGGUGUUGGGUAUGAUUUGGUCAGAGUGCAAGGAGAUCUGGUGUGACGGGCCAAGAGAGUACCUCAUGCACCUGUGGAACGUUCUGGACUUUGGCAUGUUGUCCAUCUUUGUGGCUUCCUUCACAGCACGCUUCAUGGCGUUCCUCAAGGCGUCCAAAGCCCAGCAGUAUGUGGACAUGCACGUACCAGACGAAGACCUGAGCAACGCCUCGCUGCCUGAGGAAGUGGCCUACUUUACUUACGCAAGGAACAAGUGGCGCCCCUCAGACCCCCAGAUCAUCUCAGAAGGCCUGUACGCCAUCGCUGUGGUGCUGAGCUUCUCGCGCAUAGCCUACAUCCUGCCAGCCAACGAGAGCUUCGGCCCUCUGCAGAUCUCACUGGGGCGCACAGUCAAAGAUAUCUUCAAGUUCAUGGUCAUUUUCAUCAUGGUGUUCGUGGCCUUCAUGAUUGGCAUGUUCAACCUGUACUCGUACUACCUGGGAGCCAAGUACAAUCCCGCCUUCACCACGGUGGAGGAGAGUUUUAAGACGCUUUUCUGGUCGAUUUUCGGGCUGUCUGAAGUGAUCUCGGUUGUGCUGAAGUACGAUCAUAAAUUCAUAGAGAACAUCGGCUACGUGCUGUACGGAGUGUAUAAUGUCACAAUGGUGGUCGUCCUUCUCAACAUGCUCAUUGCUAUGAUCAACAACUCUUACCAGGAGAUUGAGGAGGAUGCCGACGUGGAGUGGAAGUUUGCCCGAGCCAAGUUGUGGCUCUCUUACUUUGACGAGGGCCGCACCCUGCCCGCCCCCUUCAACAUGGUUCCCAGCCCAAAGUCAUUUUACUACCUGGUCCUUCGCAUCAAGUCCUGCCUGAUACACCUCUGCAAGGCCAACAGCCGUCGCCAUAACAAUGAGCUGGAGCUAGGCAUACGCAACUUAAAGGCUAAGGAUGAACACCUCAGGAUUUAUCCACGCCCGGGAGAAGAGUUCAUCCUCAAAACAUCUAGAAAACACCCGACCAGAUACGAGAAUAUCAUGAAGCGCCUGAUUAAGCGGUAUGUGCUAAAGGCUCAAGUGGACAGAGAGAAUGAUGAAGUCAAUGAAGGUGAGCUGAAGGAGAUCAAACAAGACAUUUCCAGCCUCCGUUAUGAGCUUCUGGAGGAGAAGUCCGACGCCGCCGGAGAGCUGGCUCUGCUCAUCCAACAACUCGGCGACAAGUUUGGCAAGAACACCAUGAGACACUGACGGGACUCGCGAGAAGGAAAGAGAGGGAAGGAGUGAGGGAGGAAGAUGUGAAAGCGGGUGAUAUCAUGAGGAGGUGUUCGCAGAGAGCAAGGUCAGGGAAGGUAUGACUGGAGGAAGAGUGAGAAGAAAAGGGAGAGGGGAAGCAGGAUGUUUAUGAGAAAGACAUGGAGGAGAGUGGAGGAAAAGCAUGAGAGAAGCAAACUGGCUAAGUUAAAGCAACUGUUCUGUAUAUGCAAUGACCAAUUAGGCAGGAAUGUGAAAAGAAGAUAGCUGAGGCUGCAAGUGAGUAUGAAGUCAAAGGGUCAAAGGUGAAGUAAACUCGGUCGAAGGGGGGUUAUUUUGACAGUUAAAUUCUAAUUAAAAACAGCAUCUUCAGGGAGUGAGAGAGGAGAGGAAGGCUGAGGAUCGCAGGCUGGGUGGGAGAAAGAGGGAGACGAAUGAGGAAGAGAACACAAGCACUGUGAUAUAUGAAGAAGCACCACAGGGCAGAAGACUGAGGCACCGCAGCGAUGAGGGCACACACAUCCACUGCCCAGAGAUAUCAGCUACAUCACCAACUCGGAGGAGAGGAAGGGAUGAGACACAUAGAGAGAGAGAGAGAGAGAGAGAGAGAGAGAGAGAGAGAGAGAGAGAGAGGAGAGAGAGAGAGAGAGAGAGAGAGAGAGAGAGAGAGAGAGAGAGAGAGAGAGAGAGAGAGAGGGAAGGCUGGAGGGUGAGAGGGGACAAGAAAGAUAUCUGGGGAGAAAAGAAACUGCCACUGUUGUUCACACCAGAAAGGCUGGCUUUGCUUCGACGUCUUCACUUUGUCAGGACAAGCAUAAUGACGCCUGUCGAGAUACUGUACACCGCUUUAUACAGCAGGCUAUCUAAUUAAUGCAUUCCCAUUCACAAUGCACAACUUUUGAUCAGGAGUCAGAUGAUUCAGGAAAAAGCGGUGAAACAAUGUAGCAUUUAUGCACUCAUUUGAAAGUCAUUAAAGCUCCCUCCAAAAAUGCAGUCAGUGACCUUUUUAUCUCCUCAUAACGCAUAGCGUGUGUUGUGCAGACAUUUGAUAUUGCAGCUCCAUGUGAACUGUCUCCAAGAUAUGUUUUGUUGGUAAAAAAAAUUACUUUAUAGAGUUACAAAAAAAUGGAAUAGGUGGCGAUAACAUUACUCCAGACAGCAUGUCUUUUACCUCACUGCAUCAUGUAGAAUGCAAUGUACUAAGUAAGCACUAAAUGUUUGUUUUAAAUGUUCUCGUUUUGAAACACU